AUGACGACGCGCCGCGCCGUCGCCGGAGGGGACGGACGCGUCGACGAGUGCGUGCGUGCGCGGAGUGGUGGGUGCUCGUUUGGUCAGGACGGAACUCAAGAUGCCGUCGUCGCCGGAGGCAAGAAUAAGAUGAAGUGCAUGGUCGUUGUCACGCCCCCGCCGCCCCGCGAACUCAAGCGCGAGCUCAAGCACCUCAAGCGCCACCUCGCCGACCCCGACGUGUCCCGCCGCAAGAUGAAGGAGCUCCUCCUCCGCCUCAUCUACACCGAGAUGCUCGGCCAUGACGCCUCCUUCGGUCACAUCCACGCCGUUAAGAUGACCCACGACAAGUCGCUCCCGCUCAAGCGGACCGGGUACCUCGCCGUUGCGCUCUUCCUCGACGAGCGACACGACCUUAUCAUCCUCAUCCUCAUGGUCAACACCAUCCAGAAGGACCUCAGGUCUGACAACUACCUCAUCGUCUGCGCAGCACUCACCGCUGCGUGCCGCCUCAUUGGCGGGGAGGCCAUCCCCGCCGUGCUGCCACAAGUUGUAGAGCUGCUUGCGCACCCUAAGGAGGCCGUGAGGAAGAAGGCCGUCAUGGCACUGCACCGAUCCUACCAGCGAUCCCCCUCCUGUGUUUCCCACCUUGUCUCCAACUUCCGCAAGAGGCUCUGUGACAAAGAUCCUGGCGUGAUGGGUGCAACCCUGUGCCCCCUCUAUGACCUGAUCUUGGAAGAACCAAAUGCAUACAAGGAUUUGGUUGUUAGUUUUGUUAACAUCCUCAAACAAGUUGCAGAGAGGAGACUUCCUACUUCUUAUGAUUAUCACCAAAUUCCUGCACCGUUUAUUCAGGAUGAUGAGCUCUUUGUUGUCGCGCACCAACCUGUAGCAAUUCUUUGUGGUGAUGCAGACGACGACGGCAGCGAGGUUAUUCCCAUAAAAAGCAAUACUACAUGA